UCUGAAGGCCCGGAUGGUGCGCAUGCUGGCCCGGCCCGGAGCGGACGCUGGUGUUGCGCGGGCCUUCCGCGGGUUCCCGAGAGGCCUAGGAGGUCGAGGUCGGGCGCGGCGGAACGCAGUAACUUUCGAGGGGCUUGGGACGAGGAGGGUGUACGCUCCUGGCCGCGGGUUUUGGGAACUCGAGCGAAGGCUGACAGUGUUGGCGACUGGGCAGGCUGAAGUCCAGGGGAGCGCCUGCCAGGUCAGUUCCGUGCCACCCUUGAGAAACUGGUCCCCUUACCUGCUGCAGAGAGAAGCAGCAGCCAGGCUCAGGCACCCCAGGCAUGCACCAUGCCCAUCGUGGAUAAGCUGAAGGAGGCUCUAAAGCCUGGCCGCAAGGACUCGGCAGAGGAUGGGGACCUGGGCAAGCUGCUGGCGGCCUCCGCCAAGAAGGUCCUCCUGCAGAGGAUUGAGUUUGAACCGGCCAGCAAGAGCUUCUCUUACCAGCUGGAGUCCUUGAAGAGCAAAUAUGUACUGUUGAACCCCAAGGCUGAGGGGGCCGGGCGCCACAGGAGCGGAGAUGAGCCACAGGCCAGGAAACCAGGCACCGAGCGCAUGUCUGGAAGUGGAGGCGACGGAGUCCCUGCCCCACAGAAAGUGCUCUUCCCUGUGGAGCGACUGUCCUUGAGGUGGGAACGCGUAUUCCGAGUUGGUGCUGGACUGCACAACCUGGGUAACACCUGCUUCCUGAACUCCACCAUUCAGUGCUUGACUUACACGCCACCUCUGGCCAACUACUUGCUCUCCAAGGAGCACGCACGGAGCUGUCACCAAGGAAGCUUCUGCAUGCUGUGCGUCAUGCAGAACCACAUGGUCCAGGCCUUUGCCAACAGUGGCAAUGCCAUCAAGCCUGUCUCCUUCAUCAGAGACCUGAAAAAGAUUGCCAGGCACUUCCGAUUUGGGAACCAAGAGGAUGCACAUGAAUUCCUGCGGUACACCAUCGACGCCAUGCAGAAGGCCUGCUUGAAUGGCUAUGCUAAGUUGGAUCGGCAGACACAGGCUACUACCCUGGUGCAUCAGAUCUUUGGAGGCUAUCUCAGGUCCCGAGUGAAGUGCUCCGUGUGCAGGAGCGUCUCAGACACGUAUGACCCCUACUUGGACAUAGCGCUGGAGAUUCGGCAAGCUGCAAAUAUUGUGCGCGCUCUGGAACUUUUUGUGAAAUCAGAUGUCCUGAGUGGAGAGAACGCCUAUAUGUGUGCUAAGUGUAAGAAGAAGGUUCCAGCCAGCAAGCGCUUCAGCAUCCAUAGAACAUCCAAUGUCCUGACUCUGUCCCUCAAGCGCUUUGCCAACUUCAGUGGGGGGAAGAUCACCAAGGAUGUUGGCUAUCCAGAGUUCCUGAACAUCCGUCCAUACAUGUCGCAGAGCAGUGGAGACCCUGUCAUGUAUGGGCUCUAUGCUGUUCUGGUGCACUCAGGCUACAGCUGCCACGCGGGGCACUACUACUGCUACGUGAAGGCCAGCAAUGGACAGUGGUACCAGAUGAACGACUCCUUGGUCCAUUCCAGCAAUGUCAAGGUGGUUCUGAGCCAGCAGGCCUACGUGCUCUUCUAUCUGCGGAUUCCAGGCUCUAAGAAAAGUCCUGAGGGCCCUGUCUCCAGGGUGGGUGCCACUCUUCCUAGCCGUCCCAAGGUUGUUCCAGAGCACCCCAAGAAGAGCCCUGGCAAUGGGGUUGUUUCCUCCCCACUGAUGGCAAAGCGACAAGACUCUGUAAUGAUGAGAAAGUUGCAGUCCCCUGAGGAGGUUGGCAUGCCUGUGUCCAGAAAUGGCUCCAUUCCUGGUCUGAAGUUACAGAAUGGAUGUGCUCCUGCAAAGUCACCUGCCGGGUCCCCCUCCCCAAGACUCACUCCAACACCCACACAUAUGCCCACCAUUCUGGACGAGCCUGGGAAGAAGGUGAAGAAGUCAGCCCCGCCACAGUCUCGCACCACGUCUCCAACUGCUUCUCAGGGCUCUCCUGGGACCGUCGAGUCCAGGAGCCAGCGGCCUGGCUCCUGGGCGAGCAGAGACAGCAUCUUCUCUACCUCACCAAAGCUCCUGGCCAAAGCCAUUACUAACGGGCACAGGCUGAAGGGGGAAGGCAAUGGUGUGGACCUGGAGAAGGGGGAUUCCAGCAGCUCGAGCCCCGAGCAUUCUGCCAGCAGUGACGCUGCCAAGGCCCCGCAGACCUCAGAGGGCAGAGCUGCACAUGUCUGUGAUUCUCAGGGAACAAACUGCCCAGCCACUGGCCAUUCUAAAGUGCUGUCGAACGGAGUCGAUGCCAAGAUGGUGAAGUUGAAGUCCCCUGCCCUGAGCAGCAUCACCACCGAGCCCACAAGCCUCAUGUCGCCUCCACCAGCCAAAAAACUGGCCCUGUCAGCCAAGAAGGCCAGCACCCUGCGGAGGGCGACCGGCAAUGACAUCGGUUCACCUUCCCCCUCAGCAUUCUGCGACCUCACCUCCCCCAUGAAAGCCACCCACCCCGUCGUUGCCUCCACUGGGCCUGUCAGUAAAACCAGGGCUGCUGCCGCACCUGCUCCCCAACCGUCUCCCCACCCCCACUCUGCAUCACUGUCCAGUAGUAGCGCCAAGCCCUUAGGGACAUCAGAGCCACAGAGCUGCUGCUCCUCUGCCUGGACACCCCUGCCUCAGGUCAAUGGACACUUCACGUCCCACUUACACCAACUGCCAGAGGCCAAUGAGGCCCUACACAGCCCCUCCAGAAAGAGGAAGAAGACCCCUAGUGGAGAUCCCCAGAGACUGGGCAGAGACACACACCUCCCACGGUGCCUCGAGGGAGCACCUGCAACAGCACGCAGGAAGAAGAGGAAGAAGAAGAAGGACCUGGAGGGUGUGGGCGCCACAGCUCCCCAGCAGGAAAGCCAGUCUCAGGACCAGCCUUGGAGUCCCAGGGGCCGGAAGGAAGAGGGUACGCAGCUUCAGGUAAAUGGCCAUCAAGUGAGUCACAUCCUGGACAGUUACCAUGCGAGCAGCAGGAAAAGGAGGAAGAGAAAAAGAUCAGAAGGACUCAGCCAAGAAGCCACCGUGUGCCAGGACCUACUUCAGCAUGGCUGCUCCCCUGCAGACCACUGUGAGCCUGAGGCCAGGACAGAACUGCAGAAGAAGAAGAAAAGGCGGAAAAGAAAGCCUGAGCCGCAGCAGGAAGAAGAGAGCGAACACCCAGGACACCAGAGAAGCCCAAGGCCCAGUGUCACCCCAGUCCCUGAGCUGAGUGUGAAUGACCAUCUUCCUAGUGACCGCCUGGGGCUGGGACGGGCACCUCUUGUUACCUGGAACAGAGAUCAAGAACCGGAUGUGGUCCAGGAGUUGCUUCAGGACUCGUCUGAUACGGCUUAUGGGAAAAAAGUUUUGACCUGGGAUGGUGAGCCUUCAGCCAUCAGUCAGGACGCCAUGAAAGACAGCAGACUGGCCCGGACCCAGACCGUGGUUGACGACUGGGAUGAAGAGUUUGAUCGAGGGAAGGAAAAGAAAAUUAAAAAGUUCAAGAGGGAAAAGAAGAGAAACUUCAAUGCCUUCCAGAAGCUUCAGAGUAGACGCAACUUUUGGUCUGUGACUCACCCUGCGAAGGUUGCUAGCCUCAGCUAUCGCCGCUGAGCUUGCUGUGGCUGUUGGAGGAAGACCAGUGUGCCUGUGCCACGGCAUCCAGAGCUGUCACAUCCCAUCCUUGGAACUGUCUACUUGGAUCUGAGGAGCGGCAGACUCCGGUGCACUGAGCUUGCCAUGAUGGAGGCUCCUGGUCCCACUGUUCACGGAUGCAUAUCUCAUGCAGAUGCUCAGCUCAGGGCCUCUGCUGAGAGCAGCUUGUAGGGCAGUCACAGGAGGAAGCCUGGCCUAUGGUGUUGUGCUGACAGUAACCUUGGAGACCUGGAAAGGUUAAGCAUCUUCCUCAUAGACCCUGGGGUCUAGGUAGGAAAACUGUUCCUGGUUUGGGGCCAUCAGGCAAGGAACCACGGCCAGCAUCUCCCAGCAUGUCCUUCACUCAGAAUGGUGGCAUUUGGUGGUGCCUUUUCUGGAGCUCUCUGAAGCUGAAGCUGUCCAGUGGCUCUCUCUCCUCUCAGAGGAGCCUCUGUAUGACUGACUGUCAGCUACAGUAAGAACAAGCCCUGCUGAUUGCACUGCCCCCACCCCAAAGUGCAUCUCCUUUAAAGAUGGACACACCGGGCAGGAAGGCUGCACCUGCCAGCCAGGGGAGCACCUUGGAAGAGGUACCAACACCUCUGCCUCCAAGGCUGCAGGGAGACCGUGAGCUCCGACUCUGCCGUACCCUCUGGGUCUCUGUCAAAGUGGUGGUCUUUGGAGACGAGCUCCGUUAUUUUACUACUUAUGAUAAAGCCUUUAUUUUUGACCAGGCCUGUGGCUACCGGUAGCAGUGUUUCCCCGAUACGCAGACACUGGCUUUACUUGCUCAGUUUUGUGAGUGCUUUGAAAUUGACGUGGUUGCCUGCCCUUCCUUGCUCAAGCUGCCCCUGUGGACUUAGGGUUAACAAACAAGACUCCUCAGUGAGGGAAGACAGCACCCAGGAGAUGAAGGCGCCAGAAGGUUCCUCCUCAUGGGGUGCCUCUCUUCUCUCCCUGAAUCCUACCCUGCUCUGGGCUGGGCCUCUUGGGAGGGGCGGGGCUGUCUUCUGGUUCCCACGUGUAGCGCUCUGUUCAGCUGCGGGCCCAGGGUCUCACUUGAUGCAGACGUGGGAAGAGUUGUGUUCUCCAUGGCCUGGAGGUGAGGUCCUGUUUCCAUGUGGGUGUUUCCUUCUUUGUUUCUUCCCCUUAAGAAAAAAGGAGAGAACAGUGCUCCAUGAGGGGUCUGCUGGGUGAGUCUUCCAGCCGAACAUGAUCAGUUGUCUUUGUGUGGCCUCGGUUCCGGAUGUCAUGUCCAGGAGUCCUGUGGGCUCCGUGUUAUCUCGUGUUGGGGGAAGGGGGCAGGCACCUUCAGGGACAGACAUUGUCUCUUCUCCUAAGGAGUUGCCACCCUUCCGGUAGUAGCUGCUUCCUGGGUACAUUUGUUUUUCUUUACGACUUUCUCUAGUAGAAAGUUGUAGAGCUGCCAGCACAAAAUGGAUCUGCCUCCCGUGUCUCCUCCAUAUUGGUUCCUUUGUGCAGUAAAUUACACAUUGUAAAGUCUCCAGGGGCGUAUAGUCCACUGUCUCUCGGGCAGUCAUGACCCCCAUCUGCCAUCCUGACUAAUGGCAGCUUGUGUUGCUGUCACUGAAGGCAAGUCCUUUUCUUCCUUAGAAGCCAUUAGGAACAGGCCAUAGGCGGAAUGAGUUCUCGGUGACAUGUACUGACAUAAAUGAAGCUUUUCUAAAAGUAGUCUUGCUGUUGGAUCAAAUCAGUUUGAACUUUGUGCUUGGCAGUAGAUGUGGCUUAGGCCCACUUGCAGAGGGCCACCUCCCUGGUGUUUCUGUUCUCGCUCACCUGCCUGUUAGGGGCUGUUUCUGUCCAACAUCCUGUGUGGCUGCGUCUGUGUGUGCGCAGGACUCCCCGUACUCUUCCCCUUCCUCUGUGGGGGCACCCAGAUAGUGCCAAGAUCUUGGUGCAAUAAAGUAAUGCAUUUUCUGUGA